AUGUCACAAAAUUUACACUCAUUUGAUUUUACUGAUAAGUUGAAUCUGGAAGAAGGACUUACUUUCGUUUCAUGGGAACAGGCAAAAUUAUUUUUUGAUAAUUUUGCAUUACAAGAGGGUUUUAGUUAUAGGAUUAGACGAAGCGAAUCUGAAGAUGGUAUUGUAACAAGGUUAACAUAUGAAUGUACAAAAUCAGGCAAACACAAUCCACAAAUUACAACAGAUCCUACAAAACAUCAUAAUGUCCAUUCUCAAAAAACAGAAUGUCCAUGGCAUAUUAAUCUUUCUUUUCCAAAGUCAAGUAAUGUAAUAAAAAUUAAUUCCUUUGUAAAUGCACACAAUCAUUCUUUGAACACAAUGAUAGGUGAAAUGGUACCUCAAUUUCAGAAACUUACUUCUUCCAUGUUAAAAGAUAUCAAAAAAUAUGUAGUUAAAGGAAGGAUGGAUUCAGCUUCAAUAUAUCCAUUGCUAAUUAACGAUUAUCCACAAAACACCAUUAAUAAAUAUGACCUUUACAAUGCUGUCUAUAAUAUUCGUCAACAAAAUAACCCUGGUGAUUUUGAUGCAUCACAAAUGAUUAAAAAUUUGUUUGAAAAAUAUGCAAAGGUGGUGAAAAUUCUAACAUAA